AAAAGGGAGGGAGUGCUGAGAGGGUCCCAUAAUAACUUUCUCUCCCUCUUCCACACACUAACAGCCCAGAGAGAGACACUUUUACCUGCUCUGAAGACAUUAAGGACAGCGACAGACCUAACAGUCCCGAGAGCAGCCAGAGAAGAGGUUUUAUCUGACCGUCGACGGCUUGUUUAGGCUCCUCAGGGAGGAGAGGCAACAUGUACUGGAGUGUGGCCCUCCAGAGCACCGGGCUCUGGGUCGUUCUGAGUUUAGCAGCUGGUCACCUGACCGAGCAGGAGAAAUCAACUAUCGUGGACAUGCACAAUGAGUUUCGCUCUAAGGUUCAGCCCAGUGCCGCCUUCAUGCACAAAGUGGUGUGGGACGAGACAUUGAGUCUGGUGGCAGAAAAUCAUUCGGCGAAAUGUAUCGUGGAUCACAACCCUCUACUAAAGGAACUCAGAAUGGGUGAAAAUAUCUAUUCAGACCAUGAACCAUUUGAUGCAGCCAAAACAAUGAUGGAAUGGUUUGGAGAGCAUGAGGAUUAUAACUUUGAAACCAAUAACUGUGAUGAAGAUAGGAUUUGUGACAAUUACAUUCAGAUGGUCUGGGCAAAAAGCAGUAGGAUUGGCUGUGCUGCACAUUUCUGUGACCCAACUGAGAAUCUGGGUCCUGAGAAGUUCACCCUUUUCGUGUGUAAUUAUUACCCUUCAGGAGAUAUUAAGACGCAAAAGCCCUACGAGUCUGGAGCGCCAUGCUCAAAGUGUACAAAUACUCCAGCGUGUGAGGACAACAUGUGCGUGGCAGAUGACACCAAAGGUCCUACUGUCUCUCCUGAGCGUCCACGAAUGACGACGGAGCCCGCUGCGGUUCCCGAAGAGCCGACGCACAAGCAGGUUAAAAUUGUGACCGGCGUGGAAAGUAAACCAAACCAUGGAUCCAAGAUGGACAGCAUCUCAGCGCUUCUUCUGAUGCUUGUCUGGCUGCUUGUUUUGUGAGGGAAAUCUGACCAUAAUCUAAUGAGACACAACGACAAAAUAUUUCUUUUAAGUUGUCAGUGGAUGCCCAUUUUCCACAAGUUGAUAUGAUUCUUUAAGGUCUUAAUGAAAGACCUUCUGUAAUAUAUCAGGUCUGUAAUAUAGUUUCGUUAAAAAUUCUCAAUGGUAGUGUAAAAUAACAGCAUUUCUUCCUAUACCCUGUCAAAAACAGCUACUGUAUUUUCAGAGCACGAACAUUUGUGGCAUUUUCCUUUAAAUGUUAAUGAGCUCUGCUGACUCCGCCCCUUUCUUCCGAGCCUUUCUCUGAGGGACCAUUUACUCUAGCUGCGUUCAUCGUGAAACUUGCUAAUUAGCACAUUAUUAGGAAAGGCAAUGUGCAAAGAUUAAUUUAAAAAAAACGUAUACUCACUUUUUCUGUAGGUGAAGCUGGUUUACAAAUGAUUUGCGCGAACACAGACACAUUAGAUCUAGAACAGUUCCCCCUAAAAUUACAAAUUGAUGAAAUGUAUUCAAGUCUAUCCAAAAUGUAGACGAGUUUGUUUCUUCAUCAGAGAAAUGUAGGAUUGAAUCACUUGCAGUGAUGCUGUGCAGUGAAUGGGUGCCGUCAGAAUGAGAGUCCAAACAGCUGAUAAAAACAUCACAAUAAUCCACAACACUCCAGUCCAGCAGUUAACGGCUUGUGAAGUGAAAAGCUGUGUGGAAGAAACAAACAUUUUUGUGUUUCCAGCUAAAAUAUUAGUCCAUAAUCUAUAACACUGAUUUCUCCAGUCAUCUCUGUCUGAAUCAGGAGAGAAAUAUGUACAGAUCAAGCAGCAUUUAUGAACAAAAACAGGCAUUUCUGACACCUUCAGAAGCGCUUUUACCCAUGAGCCCUAAUUUCUGACAUUUCUUUGACGUCUGCAUGGAGAUAAAUGAACAGGUUUUUUGUGGAUUAGGCCUAAUGAGUGUAAAAAACCUCUUAUAUCUCGAGUGAUAUUGCUCCUGGCUGACAUCGAUAGGAUUUGUGUGUCUUCUAGUGAUGUAUGACAGACUCUGUAAUGCAAUGCUUGUCUUUUAUAAAACGUUUGUGUCUUUAUGACUGAAGACUUGAAUCAGAGCUGCUGUGGCAUUAUUAUCCAUUACAAAACAUGGAAGAAAACACACACAAAAAAGAUUUUUGAUUUAUUUAAGUUUGAUAUAUUAGAAUGUGGAUUGUAUUAAAUUUGCAUUUGGAUCAGUUUUAACUUAAACUACAUUUCAUCACACAAUAACCAGGUUAAUAUAUUUAUACUCAAUAAAUUCAAUUUGUUUUAGUCUUAUUUUAAGUAACUGAAUAUUGCUUGUUCCACAGCUAUAGCCAACCCUUAACCAUGUUCAUACUUUUUAACUGAAAAAUUUAAUAUUAAAAGCUUAUAAUUGUUUUCACAAGAAGCAGAUUUAUGAUUUUAGGCAAUUUGAAUAAAUGCAUU